UUAAGUGAAUGCAGCAUCAUUCAGUAAACAUGGCGCCGGCCAAGAAACGCAACGUGAGUUCGGCAAAAACAACAGAACAAAGUGUAAAAGCAGCUAAAAUCGACCUCAGCAGCAAAGUCGAGAGUAUUCUUGAGAGCAGAAAACAUGCCAACGACGUUUUUGACGUACUCGAGUUCCUUCAGUCAGAAAAAGAGAAGGAUGUUAUCAGUGCUGUCAGUUCGAGCAGCAAAUUGUUCUGCACUUUGUUGGAGAGAAAAGACUUGUUUAUAGGAAAGCUGCCCGGAGAGGAGGAGGCAUUGAGUGGUGAGUAUAGUGCUGAGGAGAAGUAUCGUAUCUUCAUGAGACACCGGUACAACAGUUGUGUGGAGGUGAUGCUUGAGCUCCUCGGCCAUGAAGUUCACAGCAUAAAGGAGAGUGCCCUGUGCUGCCUGAUGAAAUUUGCUGCAGGAGAAGGACAGCAUCCUCUCGAGGACUUGGACUGGAGUGAACACUACAGCUUCCCGAGGGAACUCAUCCAGGCGGUGGUAGGCAGACUGCUGUCCAAAACUACAGACAACUCCCUGCUGAUCUCCAGGUUCCAGGAGUUUCUUGAGAUGGAGGAUGUUCGCUAUUAUGUAAUGAGCUCCAUCCGUGAGAAUGUGGGCAAAGUCAUGGACAAAAACAAAGGGGCAGUGGCACCCAUAUACCAGAGCAAUGUGUUCACCCUCAUGUCUAACAUCAGUAUGCCAAGCCAGGAGUCAGAGCUCACCAACUUUAUGGUCAAACAGGAAGCUAAGCACGAGGACUGGAAAGCUGCUAAACUAAAUGAACACAAGCGUGUCUUUGAGAGGAUGUGGCUCGGCUUUCUCAAGUAUAAGUUGCCAAGCAGCAUGUAUAAAAAAGUCUUGGUGAUCCUCCAUGACUCCAUUUUGCCCCACAUGAGUAAACCCACGCUGAUGAUUGACUUCUUGACUGCCGCCUAUGAAGUUGGUGGUGCAAUCAGCCUGCUGGCCCUGAACGGCCUUUUUGUCCUUAUACAUCAGCACAACCUGGAUUACCCUGAUUUCUACAAGAAGCUGUAUAAUCUGCUCGAGCCUUCUGUUUUCCACGUGAAGUACAGAGCACGCUUCUUCCACUUAGCCAACCUCUUCCUUAGCUCCAGUCACUUACCAGUGUACCUGGUGGCUGCGUUUGCCAAACGCCUGGCUCGCUUGGCCCUCACAGCACCACCCACAGCACUCCUCAUUGUGCUGCCCUUCAUCUACAACCUGAUCCGUCGCCACCCGUCAUGCAGAGUUCUUAUUCACAAGCCCAGCACAGAGGAUGAGUCUAUGGAGGACCCGUAUCUAAUGGAUGAAGAGGACCCUGCUCAGUGUUGUGCCUUAGAGAGCAGCUUAUGGGAAGUUAAGACGCUGCAGAGGCAUUACCAUCCAGAUGUGGCCAAAGCUGCUAUGCUGAUCAACACACCUCUAUCAGAACAAGAAGAUGACAUCAGUGAGGUGCUGGAGAUAACAGCAUAUGAGCUGAUGGAGAGAGACCUGAAGCAGACCCAGACCAAGAGUAUUCCACUGGAGUUUGAAACUGCCUCACAGUUGCUAAAAGGAGGAGAUGUACUGGGACAGCACUUCUGUCUGAAUUAGAAUAAGUAAAAAAAGAAGGGACUGCAUUUACAGUCUAGUGUCAGUGUCUGAGACCAAUUCAUUUGUCACAGUUUGGACUGAACAGGAAGUUUGGACAGACUUCAGAAAAAUGAUGAAAAUGCCUUUUUGAUAGCAGCACCAGCAACAAGAGAAGCCGCAACAAGAAUGCCAGAAAUAUUUCUAAUAUGGAGUUGUGUUAACAUGCUUUUCCUGAAAUGUAUGACUGCUGUACAUCAAUAAAAACCUUUUCUAAAGCUGA